AUGGCGCGCUGUUUUGGGAAGCUAAGAGAGAAGCCGUUCCCACGCUUCUGUGACGGCAUGUGGGGGGCUAUAGGGGGUCAUGCUACCGCGUGCGACUCGCACCUGCCGUCCGCAACACGUGCUAACACUGCUAAGGAGGAGGUCACUGGAUUUCAAUUGCAAUACGUUAUAGUUGGUGUCAGUGGUGUUUGUAUUUUUUAUACGAGUAUUGGAGGUUUCAGAACUGUUAUUUGGACAGAAGUGUUGCAAUUUUUUGUCGUUUUGAUCACUUUGAUCAUUAUUCUAGCUUUGGGAAUUGGAUCAGUUGGGGGUUUUAUCAAAAUUUGGGACAAAGCGAUGAGAAGUGGCCGUUUGGACAUUUUUGAAUUUGACCCAAAUCCGACCCGACAUAGCAGUGUUUGGAUUAUGAUAAUUGGUUAUUCGUUCACAUUUAUAACAAUCACUUGUGUUGACCAAAUUACCGUUCAAAAAAUGCGCUCAAUUCGAACUAUAGAUGGAACAUCAAGAGCUCUGGGUUAUUGCAUAAUUGGCCUCUAUUUUACUAUAAUUAUUUGUAUUUUUCUUGGCUUGACUAUGUAUGCAAAAUAUUCGGAUUGUGAUCCAGUCAGUGCGAAAUUUAUCCAAAACCAGGACCAGUUAUUACCUUACCUUGCCAUGGAUGUGGGUAAUGAAAUUCCCGGAAUAUCCGGAAUUUUUGUAGCGGCAAUUUUCAGCUCAAGUUUGAGUCUCCAAUCAGCAAUUUUGAAUUGUUUGUCUGAUUCCAUAUAUUCAGAUUUCAUGAAACCAUUUUUAAGCAAAUUUUCUGAAAGCAAAAUUUUGAAAUUGUCAGUCGUCGGAAUUGGUAUCUUAUGCACUAUUUUGGCUUUUGUAAUACAAUAUUUGGGAAAUCUAUUUAAUUUCAUUUUUACGAUAAUAGGUGUGACUGGGGGCCCCAUUUUGGGGAUGUUUACUUGCGGGCUUUUGAUACCAAAAACUAACUCCAAAGGAGCUUUUUAUGGUACCCUUUCCGGAUUUGUGACUUGUUUAUUAGUUUCUUUACCAGCGACUUAUUACCAGGACCAAAAUGGGCAAAAUCAGUAUUUGAAACCCAUUUCGACCAACUGUUUGAACCAAACUUUACGAAAUGAG